UGAAUAAUUUAUGCGUGAUUUAUAUGCGGGAAGCAAGCAAUCAGAAAGGAGAAAAGCGAUAGCUAAACAGAGUAACAAUUGGCAUACUUCAGUCGAUGCCGGAGUAAAUGUCGGCCAAUCUCCCAAUUCCUCUCAACACCACCUCAAUUCCCGCCGUCAGAGAUAACCUCUUCGCCGCCGUAGACCUCGGCACCAACUCCUUCAAGCUCCUCAUAGUUCGCGCCGACCCUUCCACCGGCCGUUUCCUCACCCUCGAUCGGUUUAAGGAAAGAGUACUCCUCGGCCUUGAUACUACCACCACCACUACCUCCGCCACUAUCUCCACUGCCUCCCAGCUACGCGCCACGACAGCACUUCGAAAGUUUCAGAAUCUUCUUCAGUCCCAUCGCGUUCCUCCCUCCCAUUCCCGCCUCGUAGCCACUUCAGCUGUUCGAGAAGCUUCCAAUCAAUCGCAAUUCCUUAACACGAUCCAUGAAAUCCUAGGCCUGCAAGUUGACGUACUCUCCGGUCUCGAAGAGGCCCGCCUUAUAUACCAAGGUAUACUUCAAUUUCAUCCUGUUCAUGACCGUACAGUUCUUACAAUUGACAUAGGAGGUGGCUCUACCGAGUUCGUAAUUGGCAAAGAGGGCAACAUUCUGUUCUCCAUUUCACUAGCGUUGGGGCAUGUCACUUUAACUCAAAAAUUUCCUGAAAUUACAGAAAUGCGGGAAAAUAUUAAGGGUAUAAUCCGAGCCUCGGGUUUGAGCGAGAAGGUUAAGCAUUACGAUAUUAAUAAAGUGAUUGGUUCAUCAGGGACGAUUAGGAAUAUUGAAAAGGCUAUUUUCCAUGGCUAUGCAAGUAAGAUGGAGGGAAAUGUGGGCAUAUUUGAGGAAAAUAGGAGGGAUUGGAGUUUUACAAUGGAAGAAUUGAGGGGAUUAGUGAAGAGGUUGAGCGAGGAAGAGAGAAGAGUUGGGGGGAUGGUUCAAAGGCAGAGUUUUUUCAAGAAGAGAUCAGAAUUUAUUGUGGCAGGGGCAGUUUUAUUGGAGGAGAUAUUUAAGGAACUUAAGAUUGAGGAGAUGGAGGUUUCUGUAUAUGCAUUAGGGGAGGGUGUGAUUGCAGAGAAGUUAGGGGAAGUUUUUAAUCAUUAUGAUCCGAGGGUGAAUGCAAGGUGGAGGUCUGUAGUGAGGCUCGCGACAAGGUUUAAUAACAAGCAGCGCAUGAAAUCUGCUGCAUUGUGCUAUAGUGUUGCGAAGGAGAUAUUUGAUGGUUUGAGAAAAUGGUAUGAAUCGGGCAAUGGUUCUGAUGGAUUCGUUGUAUGCUUGGAGGAUAAAGAUCUUGAGUAUCUUGAGGCAGCUUGUUUGCUUCACAAAAUCGGUCUUUAUGUUGGUAAAAAGGGCUACCAUAAGCAGUCUUACCAUAUUAUAAUGAAUGGUGACCAUCUGCAUGGUUAUAAUGAUGAAGAGGUUAAGGUAUGGUGUCUCCCUUAUUUACUCAGAAUAAGAUUCAGAUUGAAAACUGAUGGCAUUUUCGUCAGCUUCCAGUUAAUAGCUUUACUUGUGCGGCACCAUAGAAAGAAACUUCUCAAGUGUGAUCAUGUUGUGCUUGAGGAAUUGACAGAAGAGAUGAGAUGGAAAUCCAGAAUUCUUUGUGCAAUUCUACGUGUAUCUGCUGCAAUAGAACAACUUCAGCUGGUCAACAUCGACAAUGCGGAAUUCUCACAUACCUGCGAAGGAUUUAAAUUGAUCAUACCAGCUUUUUGCUUGUUAGACAACAAUCGCAAUUCUCAAAAAUUACGCGAGGUGCUUGAAGCAGGAAAUUUGCCCUCCCCUGAUAAUGUGCUGCCAUCAGUGAAAGACUUUGAGGCAGAGCUUGGUAAAGAGUUGGAACACUUCAGAAUGGUGUUCCAGGAAAGAUUGUCAAUUGCUGUCACUUCAAGCACUUCACCAUAAUCUGGAAGAGAUGUUAGGAAUGGUGAGAUACUUUUUUGGUUUACUAAUAAAUCUCUAAUGUAUGUUGUAUGCACACUCAUAAAACACAUAAUAUACACAUAGAUAUAGACAGAGACACAGACAGACACAGACACAUACACGGAUACUUCAACUGUUACAAGCAACGGUUAUUACAGUAUUCUUGUGAAUAGUUGCUGGAUGGAGAGAGAAAGCAUUGUUGCCUACUUCCGAGCAAGGGAGUUGGAAUAUAAUGUACUUAUAUUUUAUUUUUGUAACUCUUUUACUUAAGUUUAAUUUUCUUAUGUAAUCUUAGAAAUCUAUGUUCUGGUUAUUAUCAGUUUUAACUUAAGCAGUA